GUCAACGGGGACAAGGCUUGUCCCAGCACCUUCUAGACAAACGAUUUACAUCCCGCAAGGUUAGUCGACAAGCACGUCAAUAAUGCCUUGGGACUUGAUCCCCUUGAACUCCGGUGCUGGACAGUGGCCAAUAGAUCAGCUCACACAGGCCUUCGAUACAGGAUUCUAUCAUAUUGAUACCGCUCAGCUUUACAGGAAUGAGGCCGAGGUUGGCAUCGCCAUCGGUCAACUUGGGCUAGAGCGUUCCGACGUAUUCAUCACAACCAAAUUUUCUGGCCUCAAUGGACUCGAUAUUCCGACUUCAAUUCGAAAUAGUUUGGAAUACUUGAACACUUCUUAUGUCGAUCUGUACCUCAUUCAUAACCCGGAUCUAGCUGUGCCAGACAUACCAACUGUUUGGGCUCAAAUGGAGAAAGUCCAAGAAGCAGGUCUCGCUAGGAGCAUUGGCGUGAGCAAUUUCAAUGAGAAGCAGCUAGAGAUUCUGCUGUCGUCCGCCAAGAUCAAGCCAGCUGCUAAUCAAAUUUACCUACAUCCUUACAAUCAUCAGCAACAGUCUCCGACUCUGGAGUACGCCGCCAAAUAUGACAUCGUAAUCGAGGCAUACGGUGCUUUGACGCCUGUCACAGGCGAACCAGGAGGUCCAGUGGAUGCCCCUUUAAACGAAAUCGCUACGAGGCUCGGAGCCACCGCUGAUCAAGUGCUCCUCGCAUGGAUCAAGGCAAAAGGUGCAGCCGUGGUGAUCACCAGCUCUAAAAAAGCGCGUCUUCUAAGUUACCUCUCCGCUGGAGAUUUUGAACUAUCUGCAGAGGACGUCAAGACGAUUGAUACUGUGGGCGCUAUCGGAGAGAAAGGAAUCACGGUCAGACAUGGGCUGCGUAAACUCGGGGUGGGCGUUUUGUUUGGGAUCCUGAUCUUGGUUGCCUGCAGCUAUUUCAAAGGUCGAAACAAGCGGAGCAACGUUGCAAAGGUGCUGGAGAGAAUUUGACCGUCAUGUAGGCUACGCGCUCGAUGAAACACCAUGUAAGAUUACCCUCACUAGUAUGUCUUCUUCUCCCAUACGUUGAAGGCUAGCCCUCGGCAUUUAGCAUCGCGAGCGAUCAUUGUAUGAACCUCUGAGGCCUAAGGGUCUUGUAGA